AUGCAGACUUUGGCGCUGUACCCGCUGACUGUCGCAGCGGUGAGUCGCCCUGUGACACUCACGCUAGGGACGCAUGGGCGCCGUGUCAGUGUUGCCAUGAGGGAGCCACAGCGCACGUUUUCCGCGAUGCCUCCCCCUUCGCCGUCCGCGUUGUCUUCAAUGGCCGUGGCCGCAACAGAGGGUGACGCGGCAGCGACAUCUUCGUGUCGCGAGGAUAGCGUGGCAGGCCCGGCUGCGCCGCCACCCCCUCAUCUCCCUCCUGCGCAGAUGGUGAAGGGGUUCCGCAGCGGCACACGAUUCAAGCUGAGCCCUACGCAGGUGAAUGAAAAAAACGUGCCGAGUGCGAGAGAGGUGGGGCAGAUGAUUCCGACGCUGCAGGAGCUACAUGCGCAGCUGCCUGACGCGCGAGAGCUGGAGCAGAUGUUCCUCGCACCGAAAUCAGUGCUGUCGGCAAACGAGGUUUCUGGACUGAGUGAGGGGAGCAGCGAGCGUGCGGCUGCCAUCACGGCCUCCUCGACAUCAUCGUCACUGCUCCAGAAGACAACAGGCCCGCUGGAGAACUUCCUUUUCGGGCCUCCUAAGGACGAGUCUGCUGUUGCGGCUGAAGUAACACCCACUGCCGCGUCGCAGCAACGCCUGCUACUUCAGCGGCAUCUCCUUGCCUGCCGCGCCCUCUUCUGGGGAACCGCGUAUGCACUCUUGGGGUUCUCUGCAACAGUGAUCACCACCAUGUACCUGUGCGGGUAUUACUCUCUGCGCGAUCUUCAACAGGGGAUGCGCGACAAGGUGGCCCACGACGAGGAGCGCCUGCGUACGAUGGCUGCUGCUGCUGUCACGGCGCAGGAUGCUGCCGCCGACACGGUGGUGGAGCAUUACGUCAUUGACCUGUCGCACCCCAUGGAGGCAUGGCAGCAAAUACAGGAGAUUUGGGGUAACGUGCAGCGCCUAGCGGAGGCAGAGUAG